AUGCUCCUCUCUCUCGCAGUGGAGGUCACCAUGGACCCCUCCACCGCCCACCCCCAGCUCCUGGUGUCACCCGACGGCGCCAGCGUAUGCUGGGAGGACGCCCCCGGGGACCCCUCCGAAGGCUUCGGCGCCGACCCCUGCGUGCUCGGCCACCAGGGCUCCUGGGCCUUGGGGGUGGCCAAGGAGUCCCUAAAAAAGAGGGACGUGACUGUCACCGCCGCCGCCACCGCCGCCGCCACCACCCCCGAGGCGGAGCUGUGGUCCAUGGGCCUCUGUGAGGGCCAAUUUUGGGCCCUCACCUCCCUCGAUCGGGUCCCCCUCUGCCACCUCCAGGUCCCCAGAAGGGUGCGGGUGUCCUUGGACUACGAGAAGGGGCAGGUGGCGUUUUUCGACGCCGAAAAGAGGGCGCUGCUCUUCGCCUUCCCGGCAGCUUCGUUCAAUGGCGAGAGUGUCCACCCCUGGUUCCUGGUGUGGGGCGAGGGUUCCCGCCUCACUUUGUGCCCCUGA